UGUCAAAGGAAAAGGGGAUUCAUCGAGGAUUCCACCGUAUAAGCUUAAUCGGUACAAUAGUGCCGCCUGGUUAUCUGUCCCAGGCACCCAACUCAAACCGAGCAAUGGCGACCGGAUUGUAUCGAUUAUGUCAGGAAUACGGCGGUGUUCCUUUAAUUGGCCUGUUGCAUCCAGGCAUAACUCGGCUCAGGGUCUCGAUUCAACGGGCCUCUUGGUAAAGGUUUAUACUGUGGCGACUCUUCACACCUGCCGACGAAGCAAGGCUAGAAGCACAGCAACAUUCAUGUCAAACGCCGGAGGAUCUAAGAACGUUUGGCCUAAUAAUUCUGCCUGGAAUGAAACACAGCCCCAAGUAAACGGUCGUACAGUCGAGAUCAUACCUCCUCCGGCCCCUCUGAGAGAUCCAUCCAUCAGUGGCUCAGAGAGGCUUAGAAGGACCCGAUUUGAGCAAGCUGCUUUCGAUUUCUCAUCUGACCAGGGCAGUAGUGGUGGAAGAUUCACCCACGCACCGACAACUACCUACGCGGGAAGCAUUGCAACCGACGAAAUGAGUCAACUACAUGGAGGAGACAACAACCAGGCAGCAGAUAACGUCAGUAUAGUCUCUUAUAAUUCGGCCAGAGACGUCUCGCAGUUCAUCAGGGAGAUAAAUGGCAGGGAAAAACAAAGUGUAGCGCUAGUUCUUGCCAUGGGCGGUUUGUAUCUAUGCCCGGAAGUUACCGAGGCCAUCCUGAACCCUGCCGACGGCCAACCCAAGCGGAUACUCGAUCUUGUCGACCUCGCGCCUCCUCCAGUAGACACAGGGGCCUUUCCGCCCAAUCUGAGGUUCGAAAUCGAUGAUAUUAACCUUGGUUUGGCCCAUUUCUAUGACCAAUUCGAUCUCGUUCAUGCCCGCUGUGUCUCGGGUGGAAUUAACGACAUGGAUAAGACGAUUGUGGAGUUCCAAAGGUGUCUCAAGCCAGGAGGAUUCCUAAUUAUCAUGGAAGGCGAUCACAUGUAUGAGACGAGACACAAGCUGGCAAGACUGAAAAGGAUGCGUGGAGAUCCUGAUGUCAGCGCUGUUAGCGAAAAUGGAUCAUACUUACGUAGAAUGAUUGUGGAGGUGUGCGAGGCCGGGACACUUGCUGGUUCCUGCAUCAACCGUGCGG